AUGGCCACGUCGUUCCUGUGCUCAGUCAUGGCAUUCGGGAACUACAGCCUGGACCCCGAACAUGUGACCUGUGAGAUCCUGCUGAACCAGAUGUUGCCUCAGAUCGAUGAAGUGGAUCCGCUGUCCUGUCUGUGCUCGCACUGUAAAGCUUCUGCGGGGCCAAAAGGCGACCGAGGAGACCAAGGGCUUCCAGGGUUACCAGGGAGUCCUGGUGUACGAGGAAUGACUGGGUUCAGAGGUUGGCCAGGUUUUGUCGGCCCUCAGGGACCAAAGGGUCAGAAAGGAGAUUUGGGGGAGAAGGGCCAUACCGGGAGCAUCGGGUUCACUGGAAUGAAAGGAGAACGUGGAUUUAAAGGAGACAAAGGAGACAUGGGAUUGAUUGGGCACCAGGGUGAACCGGGACCCCCAGGACAAUCCGGAACAUGCCCUGCUUUUUGUGAGACCAGAAUUGGGCCACAAGGACCACCAGGUCUGCCUGGGGAAGCUGGGGCUAGGGGUCUGCCUGGGGUUAAAGGAGAUGAAGGACCCAAAGGUGUCAAGGGAAGUAAGGGGGAUUUGGGUGAUGCUGGCUCUCCGGGGAAGAAUGGAGAUAAGGGCGAUCGAGGGGAACAAGGACUGUGUAACUGUGCUGAUGGGAAGGAUGGUGCAAAGGGGGAACAAGGACAAAAGGGAGACAAAGGAAACAAAGGUGAUGUUGGUGACAAGGGUGGUGAGGGCCUCAUGGGGCCACAGGGUAACCCAGGAAUGCAAGGAUCCAGGGGACCUCCGGGACCUUGCUCUCCUGCUAUCAUGUCAUACUUCUCUGCCAAUCUUGCAGCGCCAGAACCGCUUCCCAACAGGCCUGUUCCUUUCCCAAUCGUCUUGAGCAACAUCCUAAUGCACUACACCCCCUUAUUUGGAAUCUACAUGGCACCCGUUAACGGCACCUAUGUCUUCACCUUCCACCUCUCCGUCAACAACAAGAUGCUGAAGGUUGGCCUGUUCCACAACUUUAAACCCAUCGUGAAAAUGACAGAAAACUACAUUCAGCUGACCACAGUGAGCCAGACUGUUGUCCUGCACCUCUUCAUGGGAGACAAAGUCUGGCUGCAGGUGAAGGACACAAACUCCAACGGCAUGUACGUCGACAGUGAAAGCAGCAGCAUCUUCUCCGGAUACCUGCUGUACCCCGACUCCUGUGAUGUGAGCUCCAUUGGCAAAAAUUUAGGAUAUUUUAAUCCAUCUGAUUAUGACAAUGUGGAUUGGGGUGAUGAUCCAGGCAACAUCACUCCGUCAGUCAGGCCUUGA